CCCACAUAGCUGUACCAUGAGAACCAGUUGCGGAUGGCGAACGAUGUGCUUCACCAUGGCUGUUCUUGCCGCGCAGGAGUUCUCUGCCUUAGAUUUUGUUGGCAUUUCAGGAUGCAGGUCCGGCAGGCGGAUCUCAGGGCUAGGUGCAACGCCAGGUGAAAAAGCAGCAGCACUUGCCAAGAAGGCCAAAGACUUGCCUCCGCCCAGUCGUGGUGUUACCAUGGAGGAUGUGGAUUUGUCAUACUCUCGCAGCAGUGGACCAGGAGGGCAAAAUGUCAACAAGGUGGAAACCAGGGUACAAGCCAGCUUUGAUGUAGAUGCGGCAAGGUUUCUGCCCAAAUGGGUGAAGGAGAACCUGCGAAAGCAACAGGCGAAUCGCUUCAGCAAGGAUGGGAUCCUGAGAUUGAGUUCGGAGGAGCAGAGAACCAGGCAGGACAACCUGAGAAUCGUCAUGCAAAAACUACAGGCGUUGAUUGACCAGGCUGCCUUAAAGCCAAAGAUGCCAGACCAGCGCAAAGUGGACAAGAUGCGUCGUGUCAAGCCUUCCACCCAGCACUGUCACUAUGCCAUCCUCCAUCACAUCGCAUCACAUCGGUAAAUCACGUUGUGGUAUGAGGAAUACUGUCCGGAUUGUGCUGUUCCCACAUUCUUGGGCCUAAAUAGGGCCGGUUCGUUGGAAUAGAUGGUUUAAUUUCGGGAACGCUGUUUUGUGCGACCUGUGUAAGUGGAGAUGGGGACAAUUGGAUACUGUCACUCCCGAGGUUUGGCAGCUCACAUAGGUAUGCAGCAGGUAUGCAAUGGCUAUGAUAUACACCUUCGCGUGAAGGUUAAGCAACCGUCCCAAUUAACAGGUGAAUGCCCAGAGCCAUGGUCCUCCGCCCAAGCUUGGUCCAAGGAAGGCUGCCAAUGAAAAGCGGCUUCGAGACAAGAAACUCAAGAGCCUGCGUCUCCAGAAAAGGAGAGAAGCCCGGUCCGAGUACUGAGUCCACGCUCCCGUGCGAUUUUCCGACCGCGCAUGUGCUUUGUGGGAACCAGCAUCCUGCUUUUGCAGUUCAGUUGAAGUUUACAUUCACUACGCGGUUAAGACUGCAUAUAGAGAGAGAGGGGG